UCCGACUACAACUCCGGAACCGACUACAACCCCGGAGCAGACUACAACUCCGGAACCGACUACUACUUCAGAACCGACAACCACUCCAGAACCGACUACAACUCCGGAACCGACUACCACCCCAGACCCGACUACCACUGCAGAACCGACAACAACUCCAGAACCAACCACAACUCCAGAACCGACAACAACUCAAGAACCGACAACAACUCCGGAACCGACAACCACUUCUGA